AUGCCGUCCGAAUCUCGCGUCGAGAACCCCAUUUUCCAUCCCUUCCUGUUCCUCUUCCAGCUGUUCCAAUGGUUCGCUGACAAGAUCUUCUCCCCUACUCCUCCCGAGCCGAGCACGCGUUUGAGCCGUCCCAAGGUUGCCGUCAUUGGAGCUGGUAUCACUGGUGUAACCUCAGCGGCUCAUUGUAUCGGCCAUGGCUUCGACGUCGUCAUUUUCGAAGCUGGUGGUCGCGAGAACCUGGGAGGCAUCUGGAGUAAAGUCAACAACUCCUCGAGCCUUCAAAUCCAUUCCAUGAUGUUCCGCUUCCACCCGUCCGUCAAGUGGGAACGCGGCUACCCCGACAGGCAACAAAUCCUCAGCCAAGUCAAGCAGCUUUGGGAGAAGUACGGUCUGGAGACUCGGACAAAGUUCAACACUCCCGUCGAGAAGGUCUACCAAGAUGAGAAGGGACGCUGGGUCAUCAACAACACCGCCAAUGGCCAUUUUGAGGGUGUUAUUGCUGCAGUUGGAACCUGUGGCGAGCCCAAGAUGCCCCAGAUUCCUGGCAUGGAGAACUUUAAGGGCCAAGUGUACCACUCUAGUCAGCUUACCGGAAAGAAUGCCAAGGGCAAGAAAAUGGUUGUCAUCGGUGGUGGUGCCAGUGCCGUCGAAGCCCUGGAGUUCGCCGUGGACGAAGAAGCUGAAAAGACGUCGAUCUUGUCUCGUAGCGACAAGUGGAUUAUUCCCCGUAAUCCCAUCGUGAACAUGCUGCUCGCCAUGAACAUAUUCGGCCAGGAAACCAGGUUUUCUUGGAUUCCUGAGACCCUUCUGCGGAAGUUCUUCUACCGAGACCUGGCUGAAAUCGCGCCUUACGACAAGGGCAUCUACAUGGACACGCCGAUGGUUAACAGCCACGUCAUGGAGAGUAUCCGAUCUGGCCACGCUGAGUGGAUUCGAUGUGACAUCGAGGGAUUCACGGCCGACGGCGUCAUUGUCAACAGGCGCGCUCAGGGUGUUCCCAAGGGUGGUCCUGGAAGAAGAGAGGUUGUUCCUGCCGACAUCAUUGUCAUGGCGACUGGCUUCAAGCGUCCUUCUCUUGACUUUUUGCCCGACAGCUGCUUCACCGAACCGUACAGUCCACCCAACUGGUACAUUCAGACCUUCCCACCGACGCACCCCUCCAUCUCUGCGAUCAACUGCACCUAUGUCGCUGCCAUUGGAACUGUCGGCAAUUGGCACAUCGGCAUUUACACCAGAAUCCUCCUCAUGUUCCUCAUUGACCCCUUGACAAGGCCGCACCCCUUCUGGAUGAAGUCUUGGAUUGAGAUGACGAAACUCUUCAAAUACUUUUCGCCAACGGGCGCAUUUGACUUCUUCACCUAUCUUGAGCUUUUGUGGUGGUUCGCGUUUAGCGUCACCUUCAACCCUUUCCGUUGGAAGUGGGCGUUCUUCGUCUUCUUCGGCUUGGGCUUCAUGCUUCCGAAGCGGGUGGUUGAGGUGGAGGCUCGCAUCCGCAACGGCAUGGGCUUCCAGGAGGAGGUUGGGCGUGACACCGGCCGCAGCAUUUAA